AACUGUACCUGUCCCACGAUUGAUACACCCAAGUCUUUUACGAACCAGGGUAAAUUUCUUGUGAUAGCCGUCAUGGCGUAGGGAGCGUCGAAAGUUGGACACGAGGGAGCAGGCCUCGAGCAGGUUCAAACUAAACUAACCCCUUGGGUUCAAACGUUCUGGCAGGAUUCUGGCAGGGCUAAGACGUGUCCUCAGUGAUCAUACUGAUCUCUUAUUAAUCUAAUCUAAUCAAGUAUACAAAACACAUUCCCACGCUUUCAAGCACGGCAACUUUUCAAAGGACGGCUUUCAAAGUGUGCUUGUCUUGUACGACGGUGUCCUUUCAUCCUAAAGAUCCAUCCAAAAUGGCCGAAUACGACCUCACCCAGAAGAUUAUCCCAUAUUUCGAUCGUCAUCUUGUCUUCCCUCUCCUUGCUCACCUUGCUGAAUCCGAGCUCUUCCCUGUUGAGCACGUUCAGGCUGCCCAAUAUGAACUCGCAAAGGGAACAAACAUGGUGGACUAUGCUGUCAGUCUCUUCCAGCAACUGCAUCCAGACGAAGAGGUCCCCCCAGAAUUUGCCGCAAAACGUGAAAAUGCCGUCUCAACAAACGAGAGGCUACAGUUGGAAGCUCAGGCGGUGCUGAACGUGAUUGAGAAUCCUGAAGUUGCACAGGCACUCCGGCAGGAUAAGAACCAGAACUUGCAAUACUUGAAGGAACAUUACAAUGUUACCCUGGAACAAAUCAAUGCCCUCUACAACUUUGGCAAAUUCCAAUACACCUAUGGAAACUACAGCGGCGCUGCUGAUUACCUAUACCAUUUCCGCGUGCUCUCCACGGACUCCGAUUUGGUCAUGUCCUCUCACUGGGGUAAACUCGCUUCAGAUAUCCUCACUGGAAAGUGGGACGUGGCUCUUGAGGAGCUCAACACCCUCCGCGAAGCCAUCGACUCCCGUGCACCUACUGCUCCAGGCGCAUUCGCUGCAACGUCUGCGUCAACCACCGACCCUUCACUCAUGCAAUUACAUUCACGCACAUGGCUCCUCCACUGGUCGCUUUUCGUUUACUUUAACCACCCGGAAGGACGCACCCUUCUCCUUGAAACGUUCCUCUCGCCUACCUACCUCAACACCAUCCAAACUUCAUCUCCUUGGAUCCUCCGUUACCUCGCCACCGCCGCGAUACUCUCACGAAAAUCAUCCACAGGCGCACUCUCGUCCCGCGUUCGACACUCGAUCCGCGAGAUUGUGCGUGUGAUCCAAAUGGAAGAGUACCAGUACCAAGAUCCUGUGACAAACUUCCUCAAGGAGCUUUAUGUAGAGUUUGACUUCGAAGCUGCCCAGAGGGAGCUGAGCAAGGCGGAGACGGUGGUCACGAAUGAUUUCUUCCUUGGAGAGUUCAGAGAUGACUUCAUGGACAACGCACGGUACCUCAUCAGCGAGGCUUACUGCCGCAUCCACCAGAGGAUUGACAUUAAUGAUCUCUCUGACCGUCUGAACCUUCCCCACGAUGAGGGCGAGAAAUGGAUUGUCAACCUCAUCCGUGAGACCCGGAUGGGUGCUGAUGCCAAGAUCGAUCUUGAGAAGAACGUCAUCGAGAUCAACCGACCCCCACAACCCAUCUAUCAAACUGUCAUCGAAAAGACCCGCGGUCUCGCCUUUCGUACUCAGGCUCUUGGUGCCGCCAUGUCUCGUUCUCAGCAGCCACCACCGACGAUGCAGCAGAACGAGACCCAGCCUGCUGUCGUCGAGGGUGCUCGGUGAGAGUAUACCCGAAAAGUAUUUGUACAUGCUACGUGCUGGCAAUUAGUUGUAUCGGUUGCUUGUAGACGUACUGUAGGAUAUCGAAUGCUUACUUGCAGUACCGUUUUGGACUUAUCCUUCAACAAAUUUGACCAUGUUGAAAGGCGCUCAUAGUCACUUCAGCCUGGCAGCCGAUCACUUGGUUCACUCUCCUCUCUUUGUACCGUUACCUCCAGUGUUGGCUAUUAGCAUCCUGCAUUGUCUUAAAUAAUUACAACGGAAAGGAGACUUGUAAGUGACCAUG